UUCUAAGACCAGAUAAGAUAAAACACACACUUAAUUGUUGGCUGUUAUAGAUAACGAUUUUAUUUAAGUGUUGCUCGUGUCAGGCCUCUUUUAUCGUUACAAAUAAAACCAUAAACAUUCAGUUGACGAGAAAACGCAUUCAGUUCGAAAGAAAUUUGCAGUGAACUAGUGAACUAGCUACGCCCAACAUGAAUAUAACCAACAUACAUCAGUGGCUUCAUGAGAAUGAGAACCAAUUCGUGCCACCAGUCUGCAACAAGAUGCUCCAUAAUGAACAGCUGAAAGUGAUGUUUGUUGGUGGACCGAACCAACGAGAAGAUUACCACAUCGAAGAGGGAGAAGAGUUUUUUUACAUGGUCAAGGGUGAUAUGUGUCUAAAAACAAUCGAAAAAGGUCAAAGAAGAGAUGUGUUCAUACGCGAAGGUGAAUGUUUUCUCUUGCCAGCUGGGAUCUUUCACUCACCGCAACGCGAAUCAAACACCAUCGGGCUAGUCAUCGAAAGGACCCGAUUGAGCCAUGAAAGGGACGGUCUUCGCUACCAUAUUAAAGACACAACGACUCCCUUGUUUGAACGAUGGUUUCAUUGCAUGAAUUUGGGAACUCAACUCGUGCCGAUAAUCAAUGAGUUUUUCGAUUCUGAAGAGUGCGUAACACAAGUACCAACUGAAUAUUCAGUUCCUGCUGAAAGUGUGAAGUGUCCGAUCAAUACCACUUUAUCCACUGAUGAACCUAUAAAAGUCGACCAAUUCUUAGAACAACAUAAGAGUCAGAUUCAAACGUGCCCUAAGCGAAUGUACACCGAUGAGUCGAAGACCGAUGUGUUUUGGUAUGGGCAAGGAACAUUCGAGAUAUAUAACCGCGACCACGAAACAUUUUUGUGGCAAUGGAGAUCGGAUGGGACCGUAACCAGUGAACAAGAAACGAAACCUUUCACGGUCAACAAUAGCAUUCUGGUCCCAGCGAACGUUCGAUUGACACUAACAAAUAUCAAUUCCGAUUCUACAACGCUUUCGGUGGCGAUGCCGUACCCAAAGUAAUAGUUCUAAAGUAUUGACGUCGUAACAUCUUUAUUGACAAAUAAAUACAGCUCUGGCGUUA